CAUCAUUGACUUUGAGUGAAUAUAAAAGGAGUGAAGAAAGCAUAGUAAGGUUAACUAAGAUAAUGGAGAGACUAAGAAGCUUCCUCUGCUUCAAGCUCAACAAUUCAUCUUCACCUAUCUUACAAAGUACAAUCAAGCUAACUAAGCUUCCUUCGCGGUUUUGGCUCAAGGCCAAAGCAGGAUAUGAUACUUUUGGAGCAAAACAAGCUACUAAAAGAAAAGGGCUUGUGAGUCUUUACAAAGACAAGGAGUUAUGUGAAGGAUAUGCUGAUAUCGAAACUAUGUGGUCGAUGAUCCAUUCGACUUGUUCUAAGGAUAUUCACAGCAACGAAAACUGCAGAGGACCGCGAUAUUUAGUAUUCUGUUUCAAGCCAAGCUGACAGAAAUUUCUGAAAGAGAUAGUAGUACACUAGUACUUGAGAUAAAUAUGGAUUACUUCAGAUGACUGUCUUGUAAAAUAAGUAGGUUUUAAGUCUUUGAUUCUCAGUAUUGAUGUUAAAUCAGGUAUUUCUGAGGCUAUAUUUAAGAACAUUUCCGACAGCUGAAGGAAAUGAGAAUAUAAACACAAUCAUGUCAGGGGAAUUUUGUGUAAAAUAAAGUUCUGAUUUGUGUAUUGAAGCUUUAGCUGUCAAAAAUGAUAGAACAGAAGAUGUGGAUCAUUUAUAGCUAUAAUCAUAAACACAUCUUUCCAAAUA